AUGUUGCGUUUAGCGCUGCGAGUGCGUCCAUCAUCCAGGCUCACCCGGCCCAGUGUCCUGUCGGGCCCUGCUGCUGCUAGUCCACGAUCCGGACCGCUAUCAUGCCAUCAUCUCAAGCGAUACCACUCCAGCGGCCCGGCCCGGACCCGGAUCUUGUGUCACGGUUUUGAGGUACAGGAGGAGGGUUACCUGGCUAAGAUAUUGAUUGCUGAGGGCACCAGGGACGUUCCUCUUGGCACUCCUCUCUGUAUCAUUGUGGAAAAGGAAUCCGACAUUAGCACGUUCGCUGAUUAUGUAGAGACAGGGGUGGCUACAAGCCCACCUCCCGCUCCCACACCGGUGGCCACCCCACCGCCAGCACUGGCUCCAGCAGCUCCCACCCCAGCACCUGCCGCUGCUCCUAGGAAGGGUAGGGUGUUUGCCAGUCCUCUAGCCAAGAAACUGGCUGCCGAGAAGGGAAUUGACAUCGCCCAAGUCACAGGAACUGGACCAGACGGCAGACUCACCAGGAAAGAUAUCGACAGUUUCGUUCCACCUAAGCCCACUCCUACACCAGCUGCUGCUCCUACCCCUGCUGCACCCACACCCAGCCCUCCAGCCGCCCCUGCUUUUGCUGCUGUACCUACAGGAACCUUCACUGACAUCCCCAUCAGCAACAUCCGCAAAGUGAUUGCCCAGAGGUUGAUGCAGUCGAAGCAGACUAUUCCUCACUAUUAUUUGUCUAUCGAUGUCAACAUGGACCAGGUUCUUGAACUCAGGAAAGAACUCAAUGCUGAGGUGAAAACGGAUAACAUCAAACUCUCGGUCAAUGACUUCAUCAUCAAGGCCUCAGCUCUGGCCUGUUUAAAAGUGCCAGAGGCCAACUCCUCCUGGAUGGACACAGUCAUCAGACAAAAUCACGUGGUGGAUGUUAGUGUCGCAGUCAGUACGCCUGUGGGUCUAAUCACUCCCAUUGUAUUUAAUGCUCAUAUUAAGGGUCUUGCGACUAUCAGCAAAGACGUAGCCACAUUAGCUGUUAAAGCACGAGAGGGAAAACUACAACCGCACGAAUUCCAGGGUGGCACCUUCACUAUUUCCAAUCUGGGCAUGUAUGGCAUCAAGCAUUUUUCAGCUAUCAUUAACCCUCCUCAAGCCUGCAUUCUGGCUGUGGGCGGCUCAGAAAAGAGACUGCUGCCUGCAGACAACGAAAAAGGGUUUGAUGUGGCAAGCAUGAUGUCUGUGACUCUGAGCUGUGAUCACCGGGUGGUGGAUGGCGCUGUUGGCGCACAGUGGCUGGCCGAGUUCCGCAAGUUCCUGGAGAAACCGUUCACCAUGCUCCUGUGAGCAGGACGUUUAAAGGCUCCUGGCCCCAAAAACAAAAAAAAAACAGUGGACUUUAAGAUUUGGAGAGGUCUCUCUCAUUAGUUAUAUGCUUGCCCUGGGAAUUAUAACAGGUGGUUCUCUCCCUCUUUUUUAUUUUCCUUAUCACUCACAUACUCCCUUUCAUAUACUGUAUUUUCAACAUUGCUUCCUAAAACCUGAGGUAACCUCUCAACCCAAAGUCAUAAGUCAUUGUUAAGGUAAUUUUCUGUAGUUUCAGAGGAUAAUGCAAGGGUUUUCAUCUUCCUUCAGGAUAUUGUUACAAGCACCGUAAGUCUGUGUUUGCCAUUAGAUCAAAGAAUAAUGUCUGUGUCCAUGGCCAAGUCUCAUGGUUUGUACCUGCAAGCUUUGACUUGUUUCCAUGUAUCAAUGACACAUUCAUAGGCACAAUAUGAGUAUCCUUAAUGUACAAGAAAAAGAAGAAAAGAUCUGGAGAUGUGUGUGCCAAAUAUUGUCUGACUACAAUUGAAAUUUAUUUAUGAUACAUUAUUCAGUGCAUAGGUUUAUUUUCUGUAUUGCUGCUUAGUAGUCAUAUAUUUGGUCACUCCCUGAGUUAAAUAUGUGGCGUAUUCAUGAUGGUUGUUCCACUGAGACUGAGUGAGGAUGCUUCACAGCGUCUUGGUAUGUGGGCAGAGUUUUGAUAUAGGCAAUUUUAUUUGUUACAUCUCUCACUCCAGACAAAGCACGUUAGUGCCUUUGCUCCUGUUUAUAGCAUUUUGGUAUUUCUUUUUAAAUGGUGGUUCUAUUUUCAAGUCAUUCUUUAAUGAAUAACGCACAAUUCAUGGGGUGAACUGCUGUUAUAAAUAAACCUAUGGAGAAACAAAAGAAAGGUUCCCAAAUGGAAUAAAA